UUAAGGGGGGGGAUGAGAGAGAAAGUUCAAUUGGCUACCAAAUUUGGGAUCCUCUCCUCUGAUGGAGAGGAGAUGCAGGUUUGCGGCGAUCCAGCCUAUGUACGGGCUUCCUGUGAGGCCAGCUUGAAGCGGCUCGACGUUGAUUGUAUUGAUCUCUAUUACCAACAUCGGAUUGAUACCCGUGUUCCCAUUGAAACCACGAUGGGCGAACUGAAGAAACUUGUCGAAGAGGGAAAAACCAAGUACAUUGGUCUAUCUGAGGGCUCUACUUCAAUACUGUCUGCAUCAACUAUUAGAAGGGCUCAUGCUAUUCAUCCAAUUACAGCAGUACAGAUGGAGUGGUCCUUGUGGACAAGGGAUGUGGAGGAAGAAAUAGUGCCUACUUGCAGAGAACUUGGCAUCGGGAUUGUCGCAUUCACUCCAUUAGGAAGAGGAUUCUUUUCGUCAGGUCCAAAGAUUGCUGAAACUUUGCCAGCUUCUCUCUUACAAAGGUAUCAAACAAAGUUCCAACCUGAGAAUCUCGAGCAUACCAAAAACAUGUAUGACCAAGUCAAUGAAAUAGCAGCAAGGAAGGGGUGCACGCCAGCGCAGGUAGCAUUGGCUUGGCUUCAUCACAAAGGCAGUGAUGUUUGUCCCCUUCCUGGUACCACUAAGGUCGAGAACUUUGAUCAGAACAUUGGAGCUUUGUUGGUAGAACUAACAGCUGAAGAAAUGGCAGAACUUGAUUCCCUUGCAUAGAAAGAUGCUUUUAAGGUUGAUAUAUACGGGGCAUGCUCUUUACUUGGUAUGUUUCAGACAAUCCACCCUUUUGCUUUGCAGAUGCAGUCAAGGCUUCUCUUUGAGGAUUAGAGUGGUUAAAAUGUUUGCUUAAACUCUACCCUGGGCCUGAUUAUUUGUCAGACCCACACCAAGAAUAAAAGACUAUACCAAGAGGUGUAUAGAACCCAUCAAAUCCUAUGUGCAGUACUGGUUCUGUAACUUAUCUUGAGAAGGGAGUUAAUGAUUUCCUAUGACUUGGUGUUCUCUUUGGCUUGAGCGUUAUGGAGCUGUAUUAGGGUAAUUUUUCGUGUAAUACGGCUUUCUAUACACCGCAGCCGAUCUGCCGAUGUAUGAUAGUACUCUCUUUCUUCAUUCAAUACAUAGUGAAAAUUGGUGUAGUCGUGGAUGUACCAUAUUGGGAACAAAGUAAAUCUUUGUGUGGUGCUUUC